CCAAGAGUUUUGAUAUUCUUUAUCAUUCUCUCAGGGAUUGAAAUGACUGGAGAGAGCUCGGAGAGUGAAUUUGAGAGAGACAAGAGCUUCAUUGCUGAGGAUGGAGCUGAUUAGUAUUUGAAUCUUCAAGCUUGGUCGUGCACAUCACUUCCCUAGGUUGUCGUCACUAGUGUUGUUUGGAUCUCCAUCGUCGUCGGCUUCUUCCGGUGGUGGGUCAUCGUCGUGGAUGUUCUCCGAUUGUUUUUCAGUUGGUUUUCGUCGGCGCCUGGGUGUUCUUCGCCGAUGCGUGGGUGUUCUCCGUUAUUUUUCGCCGGCGCAUGGGUGUUCUUUGUGUGGGUGUUCUCUAUUGUUCUUCGCAUGUUCUUCUGGUAGUUGUUCGUCGUGGUUGGGCGUUGUUCUUCCGGUUGUUCGUCGUGGUUGAGCGUUGUUCUCCAGGUGUUCGUUGGUUGGUUUUUCGAUGGUUGUUCGUCGUGGUUGUUCUUCCGGUGGGUCAGCUCGCCAUUCAUCCAGCUGGUUCUGGUCAUAGAGGUGGGUCACUGACAUCAUGGUCAACUCUCCGUUUGUCAGAUCUGCCGUCUCAACUCUGUUUGCAAGGUCUGAUGCCCACCGGCGUUCAAAUCUUCGAGCUCCAGUUUAGAUCUCUUCAAGUUUGUGGGUUGUUUAAGUUGUUUGCUCGGAAAGGACCAUUCAACAAUUAAGAGCUUCGGCCACUCCUCCAAAUAUACACACCAAUGGUACCAUCAAACUCUUGAAUGGACAUGCCAUGCAUAACAUGAACGAUGUAGACAUGAUCCGUAUCAAUUUGAAUGAGCAUAUAUUUGGAAGAGACAAAUUUGUUUAUUUAGCCGCGAUGAUCUGAUCCAAUAUUGCAAUAUGGUUGAAAUAGGUUACAUGUGUGUUUUGACAUACAUUGCGUAAGUAUUACUCAUCUAGAUUCACUCGUGUAUAUUUUGUUCCAUGUUUAAAUAAUAACUUUUACUUUGUUUAGAUAUCUUUGGGAUGAAUGUGGUCGUGAUAUUACGAAGAAUUUUUUUAUAAUUGAUCAAGAAAGAAUAUCGCCACAUGUGAAGUCUAAAGAUAUUCAAACUAGAAAUUUAGCCAACCAACUAGAAUUAGCUAAUUUGGACCAAUUAGUUCUUAUUCCAUAUAACACAGGGUAAGUAAAUACAAGUUCUUUAGUUAUUUUUAAUUUGCAUUAUAUGUGUGCUAAUAUUUUAAAAUUGUUGCUUAUUAUAGUUAUCAUUGGAUAUUGAUUGUAAUCAAUCUACAAGAAAAUUGUGUUUAUGUUUUGGACUCUAUUCGAAGUAAAGUUCAAGAGCAUUUUCAUGGAGUUAUAAAUAUGUAAGUGUAAUUGAACUUUCUUAACUCUUAAUUGAAGUAUUUAUGUUUAACUAACGUUUUAAAACUAUUUAGUGGAUUGAAAACAUUGCAAGCCAAGCACGAUC